AUGAAGAGGGCCAGGACACUUUCAGACGAUAGUCCGAUCAGGGCCAUCGCCUGUCUCAAAAAAAUCGACGACAUCAGACGUUUCGAGGAAACUGACGAUUGUUUCAUCCUAGGAUUUGAUCCUACUGAAUCUUCUCCUGUUAAAGAUGUUUCCUCUAAACCUCUCAACAAAGACGCCGAUGAUGAUAUCUGUGUUCUUGCUGAAAAGGGCAAGAUAGCUCUUAGAGAUUAUCCUCAUUCAAGACAUCUAUGUCUGAAGUUUCCAUUCAAGACUACUCCUAGUGAAAGCUAUUGUGAAAAGUGCUACUGUUAUGUUUGUGAUUCUGCUGCACCAUGUAUGUACUGGACCGUUUCACGGCAUUGCGCUGCCGAGAAUUCCGGUCACUGGAAGGAUAAGAGGAAAGUUAGAAAGAUAGCUUAUUGA